AUGGCUGCAAUCAACAACGAAUCAACCGGAGCUGCUGCUCAAUCUCAGAACGCUGAAGCUCCAGUUGCAUCUCGUCCAGUUCUAUCCGAGAGAGAUGAGUUGAUGACAGUCAUCAUUGAUGCCGAGGACUAUCUUAGUCUUCUUCUCGCUCCAUCUCACGCGACUCGCCGCCUCCAACUGUUCGAGUACAGAAGAAAUGUUCUUCCACGAGGAAUUCUCUUUCUGGCUCAUCAAGCUGCCGCGUCAGUCAGCAUCCGGACCACACGGAUAUGUCGUAUCAGACAGACAACGGACAUCCGCGCGUACUCGUUGAGAAGACUUCGGAGAUACCUCCGCUAUCUCGACGACACACUCGAGAUCAUCUCAAACUUCCGCACUUUCGAAUACAACCUUCUCGAUUACUUCGAUCAACAAGCCGAUGCAGAGAAUGCAUAA